GCUGGCGGCGGUGCCGGAGCUGCACUUGCCACCCCGCAGGAGAAGGAUCUCAUCCACAAGCUGUUCAAGGUGCUGGCGCCGCGGUUCCAGCCCCACCCUGGCAACUACACCCGCCUGCUGCAGAUCCCCAACCGGGACAGCGACCGCGCCAAGAUGGCCGUCAUCGAGCUCAAGGGGAACCCCUUCCCGCCACUCAUCCAGCCACGCCGCGACACUGAGAAGACGCUGCUCAACCAGCUCCUGAAGGGCUACCGGGAGGACGUCCGGCAGGCCGCGGCCCCACGGGCCCCCGAGGGCACCGCUGUGUAGGCACCCCUCUCUUCCCCAAGGGAGGCCCCAUGCGUGUGUAGGGAUGGGGCUUGGCAUGAGCCACUCAUGCGCAAGGCUGGCGGGCUCACCUUGGGGGGCAGCUCACUGCUGUCCCAGAGCACAGGAAUGGAAGAUGUCCUAGGAGGUCCCAGCAUGGAUUUCUAGACUUGAAUUAUCAUAAGAGGGGGCACAAGCUUGAGGUUUAUAUCCUUCUUCCUGUAGUUUAAAUAGCAACUCAGCAAGAGAAGGAAAUCAAGCUGGGGGCCUUGUGUAAAUAAACAUUAUUCAGAAAGUGA